AUGCAAAUGGUUGCCGAUUUGGAGAUCGAAAUGAUGUCGGAUAUGUAUAGGAGAAUGACCGAUGCUUGUCAGGAGAAGUGCAUAAGUUGCAAUUUUAAGGAAGGCGAUCUGACAAAGGAUGAAUCAGUUUGUCUGGCCCGCGGCCCACAUCAAUGUCAUAACAAGAUGAACAGCCACUCAAAUCACUUCAUUUACGCGUUACAAAAAGCGUCGGCUGUGCAGAGUGAAUCG